AUUCCAUUAUUUUUUACCUUUCAGACCCUAGACUGACUUGAAGAAUCUAAAACUCUCUCUUUCAACAAAUUGAGAUCUUUUAAACUUCAAUUAUCUUCGUCAAUGCCUAAUGAAACCUGAGCAUUUUCCUGCUGGUUUUGGACAGCAGUAGAAAUUUUCAUAAGUAUUGAUCAUAUAUAUAUUCACAUUGAUGAAAGUUGCAUUUGCUUAAGUGAGAUUGUAAUAAAACUUCAAGAUGCCUCUUCCUAGUCUGUCAGGCCACUUGCCACAUAAAAGAAUGGCUGGCUCAAGCUCUGCUUUGCUUCCUGCUGCUGAUGCAGAUGUAGAAUUUUCUGAACUUGAUCAUAAUUGUGAGGACCAGAAACCAUUUAUAGGUCAUCAACUAAACCUCAACCCUGAAAUUAUGGGAGGGCAACUGAAGCUCUCAGAUUCCGAGUUCGCAGAGGAUGAUGAAGAUGAUGUUAUUGAUGAUGAUUAUGAAGGAGAAAUAUCAGAAGAGCAGCACCAAGAAAUGAAAAACCUAAAUUAUGCCUACAGUAGAUUUGAUUCACAGAGAUCUGCUAUGCCUCUGAAAAUGGAGAUUCCUGAAACUUCAUCUCUUGGAGAGAUUGAGUUCUCUGGGAGAUUGAAAAAUUACCAAGAAUUCAAUCAAAGAAACUCUUCCUGUACAUCAAGAGCAGACAGCCCCUUCAUCCCUGUUCUGUCUUCUGGCCAUGUGAGCAUGGGUGAUAGUCAGAGCACUCAUACAAGUGAUUUUUAUCCAUCUGGCAUAUUGGAAGAUGGCAAAAGGCUGCUAGAGAAACUCAGUGGUGCUCCAGAUUCUCUGGAGAAAGCCCUCAUCAUCAACCAGGCUCUACAGCACAGAUUUUCCCUCAGCAUAGAAAGACUGGAAGAAACCCUGAAGAGAAACCUCCGUAGGCAGUUGCUUUUACAUGACCAAGAAGACAUGGAACGGCUCACAAUUGAAGAUGAAAAGCAAAUGCGUGCCUCAGACUCGCGCUAUUUUUUGAGGAUCUCUUCUUUCUGUCGACCAUAUUUCAAAACAAAAAUUGGCAUGCCAGCUCCGAUGAAUGAAGAUGCUAAGGAGAGAUUGAAACUUGGUUAUUUGGACAUGUACCAAACUCGUCAACGUCCAUGGUCAGCCAAAGAAGACCACAAACUGCAAGAAAGAGUGAAGUUUGAAGCCAAGCAAGAGAGAAUCAAGCUACUGCAGCAGCAUCUAAAUGCCCUCAAGAGAGAAAUGAAAAAACUUUCCAACUCAGAAUCAUUUCAAGACAUAGAGUUGGCUACGUUGUCAGCUGAGAUAGUCAAGUGUGAGGAUGACAAGAAGGAGUUGCAGGGAACGCCUGUACGCAACAUCUCUGUUCCCGCUCACCUCAAACUUGACUGGAUCAGGAUAGCUGCACAAACGAGUGAUGGUCACCGCUCUGCUGAUGAGUGUCAGCUCCGCUGGCAGGCUCUUCUCAGCCCCAACAUCAGCCAAAAGGUGUUCUCAGAGGAAGACGAUAUUGCCAUAUCGGCUGCUGUUCGCAGCUACGGGACGUCUAAGCCGGACUGGCAAGCCAUCGCCAAUCAACUCAGUGAGCCUCGCUCAGCCUUCCAGGUAUUCCGGCGAUAUCAGUUUUACAUCUAUCCAGCCCUGAAUCCUCCCAAAUUCACACCUGAUAAAUCCAAUCAGCUGCUCAAGCUCGUACACAACCUCAAAGUUGGUGACUACAUCCCCUGGUCACAGGUGCACCAGCAAAUGCCAGGUUUCACUAGAACUCAGCUGCAAGGGCUGUGGAAGAGACUGAACCCGAACCGUCGCAAAGGCCCGUUCAACAAACAUGAAGAUACACUCUUUGUUCGGGGCCUGCACAAGUACGGGCUAAACCUGCAGCAGAUUGUGCAGUUCAUGCCACAACGCAACUACGAACAGCUCAAAGAUAGAUUCCGACGCAUCAUUGUGCCAAUAUUCUUGUCUCAAUGGACUCAUGAGAUGGAUAGAGAGCUGCUGUCACUCACCAAGGCCGUGGAGCGUGCGAGUCUCAGCACGAGCUUCUGGCGACGCCUGGCGUCCGUGCCCGGCUUUGCGGCGUCCGGCAAAGACGCUGCUAUGCUCAGGAUACGCUACCUCAUCCUCAAGCUCUGGCAGGAGGUCUCACUCUCUGACGAGACCACAAUGCCGCCCCUGUUCCCCGUGUCCAUCACUCGCUCCGAGGAGGACAUCGCUCUCUUCAAGUCUUAUUUCCUCAAGUCUGACUUUGUCGAAAUGCGUGAAAUUGUUGAUAAAGUCAAUGCUGGAAAACACAUCAAAGUUGCAAUGCAUGAGCUUCAAAAGCGUCGUGCAAGGCUGCACAAGCAGCACGACCACCACAUGCGUCCCGUCAUAGCCAAGGAGAAGCCCGUCUGUGUGGGGCUCCGUAUCAACCAUCUGCACAUGCAUCAUCUCCACCAGCUGGCCACCAAGAAAAAUUCGUUUGGAGGAAAGAAUUCCAAGGCGAUAGAUGGACGUCGGAUCAUGAUGCGUACGCCGUCGGCGCUGACGUGGCCAGAGCAGAUCAUCAUGGACUUCUUCAUGCCUGCAAGGCACAUCAGCAACAGACCCGUCAACUUUGCUACUGACAUGGCUGCGGUAUCAUCACUGCAGCUGCUGCUGAAGGUGUUUCAGCUGCGUCCCAUGGCGCCGCAGUCUUGCAAUCUACCCGCUCUUUCUGACGACUACAAUGUCACUGAAGCUGAGCUCGGCCUCGUCGACCUCACCAUCAACCAUCACACCUGCAAGACUGGCCGCCAGGAGGACGCUGCCACCGAAUAUCAGUUGCCGUGCGUGUGGUGCUCUGAGGACGCUGUACCAGAAAGCAUGCCGUUGCUGGCGCCGUGUGCCGCGACGGUAGGCGCGCUGCAGAGCCUCCUCAUGCAUAGGAAGACCCUGCGCAUCAUGGCCAACAACUCAUUCGUGCUGCACAGGUUCAAGGGCCCUGAGCUGUACACGCUGGGUGAGAAGCCUCGUUUGCUACGCAGCCUCUCGGGGGCCUUCGAUGAUUAUAACAAAGGUCGUCUGCCCAUGCCUGGCUCCGUGGGAAAGAUACACGUCACGUCCGUGAUGCCGUCUAACUUGUCCAUCAAGAACCAACUGAAGCGACCUAGAGGAGCCAGACGCCGCAACGGCGGCCUCAACAACGUCAGGCUGAAGAAAAAGAAGAAGACUUGGGCCAAGCGCAGCAUAAUUGAUCUUUACAAGUCAUACAAGACUGGCAAGAAUUUAUCCAAGUACCAAGGUCCCAAGGGCAGCCUGACGCCCAACGCGUCGUUGACUGCUGUGAAUACCGACUCUACGGACGGUGAAUCUACCGCCGUCGCUUCAGCCAGCACCGAGCAUUCCAAUACUCCAGCCAUCUCAUCACCUUCUUAUGAUCAAAAUUAUCUGAAGACUUACAAGAAACCCGACCGUCCUCUUAAGAAGUAUUCUCUAGAAAGUCCGACAAAAUAUCUACUGCCAAAAUCAAAGCUCAAACAUAAUGAAGGACACGAGUCUUCGUCUGACUCAGAAGAAGACGCAGCCGAAGAGUCGAGGCUGACGACGGAGGAACAACGCGCCCGCUCUGAGGCCGACAAUCUCCUGUGGCAUCGCUUCCUUUCCAUCUUCCUUCUGCCUGCAGCUAUGAGCGUCGUCAGGCCUACUGUGGCGCAAGAGAUGAGCGUGCAGCGCCAGUACGCUGCUCAGCAGGCAGACUGGCAGGGAUCGAGAGAAAACAAUCACGACGUCGACGACGACGAUGCCUCCAGUCAGCUGAGCAUCUCUGGUGCCGCGACUGCCAUACUUCAGGAGGUGGCGCCCAUCAGAGAAAGAAAACGCAAGAGGGCAGCGUCUCCUGGCAGCGGAAGUGACGCGGCCAAGGCUGUGAAGGGAACUCCGCCGCCCACGCGCAGCAGCACGCGACUGAGGAAGACUCCUCAGCUCGACUGAUGAACCGGCAGACCCUUCGACCGAGUUCAAGCAGCGACAUAAGCGUCUACCUGAAGAGCUUGGAAUUUUUUUACGUUUAUGUUAUAGAUAGCUAAUGAUUUGUUUAAUCUUUUACGGAAUAUUUGUAAUUUCAUCAAGUUUUUGUCUGAUAACUUGAAGAAUUAUUAUCGAAGAAGGUUAUCCCUAAAUUUUUUCUCAGAAGCGACACCAUAAAGAAGUAAUGCUAUUUGAGUUUAUCAAAAAUCACUUUCUUGCCCGGAAUCAAGCAAGUUCUGUAGUUGGAGUGAGGUUGAAAGAAUGUGUAAAACUUGAUUGACGUUUUGUAUAAUUUCUUCCACCUUGGAUGUUUCAUAUUACCUUUUCGUUUAUCCUUAAUUCUGACCACAUUCAUUUAACUCAUAUUUAUUAUUUGCAGCGAUUUUUGCGAUAUGGCAUUACAUCAGUGUCGAGUGCAAACCAUUGGUCUUGAAAUUUACAAACUUGAUAGAUGAUUUCGAAAAUUUAUUUGUUCCUUAUUCCUUAGCAAAUACAUGCACUUUUUUGUUCGUAGAUGUAUAGAAUUUAUUGAUAUCAUUACUACGCUUUUUCUUAAUGGAUGAUCUAAAUAAGAAAGGUCGAUCUAAGAGAAAAUUUUUUUAAUUGAAUAACUUCGCAAGGUUAAAUACAUUACCAUGAAAAUCUAUAUAUAUUUAAAGUUGAUAUUCCAAUUAAUCUUUCAAGAUCCGUCGCUACAGUACAAGUGUCAUGAAUCGUCAUUAAACCUCUUUUUUUUUUUACUUGAAUUGACUGAUACCUUCUUAAUACUGACGUCCAUAUCGAGAUUAAAUUUUAAUUUUGGUUACUUAACUCAACUUUCCAAAUUCUCACAAUAGUUACUGUUUAGAAAUUUUUUCAUCUACCAUUACCAGCAAGAUGGUAUUUAAAUUGAUUGUAGAAAUUGAAAUAGAUUGUAUUUCAAAUUGUAGGACUAGAAAUAGAUUGUAUUUACUUGUAGAAAUCAUCAUCACUAUCAUCCUGAUCAUCGGAUGGCGCGCUAACUUUGUCAGACUCGCUCUCUGUCUCGUGGCUCACCACAGCCUGGGGUGAAGCCGCUGCUUGGCUGACCGUCGCCCGAGGCGCCGUGCGCGUGGCAGCAAAUGUCGACUGUGAAGUCGUUGGCUCCACGCCAUUUGGUUCGUUUGCUGUGGAAAAGUUGUUGUUGCUCAUGACGUGUGGAAACUAAAACUUACUAGUUGGUUUCAUUAAAUAAUAUUUCUUGGGACUAAUAUUAAGUUUUUUUAUCCAGUUCGGGUAAAUUCUUUGAAAUUUUUCAAAUUGGCGAAGCUAAAGUCGAACAAUUCACGCACUUGCGAGUGUUCUCUUAAAACAGCUUUAGUUAAGCCUGUUUCAGGAAGACGCAUUUAUUACAUCAUUCAGGUUAGUUUUUGUAAUCCUUAUGUGGUGAGAACUGUUUCUUUGUGUUCACUUGCCUUUUUUAUUAUCUCUUGCUUUCAUUGCCUCUUGUAUCUUGGCUUCGACGCUGUCAGAGCUGCUGUCUUCGUCUCUGUUGGAAGACAAACUUUCAAUAGCUGUCUCGUUUUUGACGUUUAUUUACUACGAAUAACUUGAAUGACUUUUUUUAAAUGUGUUUGAUAGUAAACGGUAAUUUAUAGAAGUAUUACUUUAAUCAAGAUUGCAGGGCUUAUCAGGUCGUGGAUUGGACACUGAACAGUGCACAUUUCAUUAGGUACCUUUUCGUCCAUGUUUAGUUGAAUUUCGAUGAUAGAUCUCCUCACUAUUUGAGUUUACCGUGCCAUUAUGAAUUUAUUUUCUUAUUACGUAAUUUUAAUUUAAUGCUUAUAAACCAGCCGAUGCAAAUAAUUCUGUUUGUAUUUUAAGAGGAAAAGAUUGGUGAUUAUAUACGACAAAAUUACUCACGUUUCUAGCGGGGGAUGUCCUCCAAAGCCUCCCGUAGUAAUCUUACUGGCGAAGGGUGCUGCUUCUGCCCACGAAAUUCAAUAUUCUUUAAAAUUCUGAAACAUAAAUACUUGGCUUUAGAAUAAUUAUUUUUUUUAACUAAUUUAAUAAUUCUUAAUGAACUUUCACCUGAUUUUGCUUCAUUAUCUCAAUUGCGAUCUAUAUUUUCUACAAGAUCUGAGUUGGCACCGCGUGGCAGUUUGUAUUCGAAUUUUAGUCGAAAACCUGAAUCAUUUAAGCUUCCAUCUAAAUCUACAUAGCAGUAUUUUUGCAAGUUGUAUGUGCAUCCUGUGUUCUACUUUGGUUCUAUAACAUUUACGAGACUCACUUAUCGGCGCGCUGAAAUCAUCGAAGUCAUCAUCGCUGUCGCUCCGCAGUAUGAAUGUUUCUGCCUCGUUCUUUGCUCCUAUUGCUGUCUCUAUUAUUUUAUUCUUUGUUUCGUGUUCUUGGGCUUCUUUACCGCCUCCUUCACUGCCAUUCUUUGACUGCAUUGAUGUUGUGUUGACUGAAUUACUUUUCGAAACGGUGCUGGCAGUUACUGGCGUUGAAAUCAUUUCAGUUGUGCCCCUUGCAUUUACAUUUGUCGUCGUAUUAAUGACUGCUCGUGAUCUCUGAGCUGCUACCGGUUUUUCCAUCAUGUUCAUAGUUUGUUCACCUCUUUUGUUGUCAGUUGAUUUAGCAAUGAAAGAAUCACUCGAUGACAUCCUAUUUUCUUGCUGCAUUUUGAAUUGUUCAGAACCUGCUGGACUUUGAUGGUUUGCUUUUUCGUGUGAAAAUGAGAUCUGCGACGGUUUGUUAUUAGUUUGAAUACCGUGUUUAUCACCGUGUGCAGUAGGCCCCUUUGCUGAAGAGGAUCUCUCCUGCUGCGGUUGAUUUAACGUCGUUGUAGGCGGAUGGCUUGACUUAUUAUUUUCUACCAGUUGCUCGCCGUGAACUUCCAACUCAUCUUCGCUCACCGACCGAUCCUCGGAAUUGUCGAAAGAUGAACCGUCGUGACUCUCUUUAUCGCCAUUUUCCUUUUCAAAUACAAGACCGUCAUUUUGUUGAGGGCUUUGCAGCUUGGUUGAGUUUCCCAUGGAAAUUGCAUCAGAUGGCCGAAUUGAUGACCUACUUCUCAGAAAUGAGUCUGGCGCUCUAAGACCUGAGUCACUAUUCUGACUUGCAGUAAUUAUUCCAUGAGAUCUGUUGGCUUCUGUGAGGGCUACAGCACCGUCGACACUGGCAGUCGUUUGUGUUGAUGGAAUGUUACUGAUGAUUGCAUUAUCCUCCACGGUCUUAUUAGUUGUAGCCUCUAGGAAACUUGAUAUCAUGGUAUUAUCCCUAUGCAAGUCCAUGUCUGGCAUAUUGUUUCCUUGUGUAUUUUGUUGGGUUGGCGAACUUGAACCGGGGCCGCCAUCAUGAAAAUGUGGGGAAGUUUGCUGUAGAUUAUCAAUAGCGUUGACACUCGGAGAAAGUGAUCUAAGAUUUGAGCUUAUUUGCGCAACUGUAAUAUUUUCAUCGAUGUCGAAUCCAGCAGGACUUGUUAAAAAUUUCUGGAAGGACGUCGUUGAACUGUAGGCUCCUCUCGAGGGGAACAGAUUGUUGAAAAGGGGUCCAUCAGGUAAUGCUGAAACAAAUACAUUUAUUUAGACUGCUCAUAUCGGGGAAGUCAGACCUGCAGUUGGUUAUAGAGAUGCAAGUGAGUCGUAAUCGUCCAAUUUUGAAGUAUUGUAAUAAUUGCUGGCAUUCCAGGCGUACAUUGAAUGAUAACCUUUAUAACUUACGAGCAAUAUUUGUCAGGUGAGAAGUAGAGGUGCCCUGGUCAUACGUGGUAGACUUGCCACGGAACAGAUCUCUCUGUGAAAGUUGGGAAGUCCUUAGCAGUUAUCUAGUGCAAAUUUUAGCGCGGAUGCCAAAUGUAUCCUUGCGUUAUUAUUACUGCUGAUUGAACAUAACCAGAAACUAAAUUCUUUUCAUCCACACGUUUCCUGUAGAAGUUAGACUAUAAAUCGCGUCCCAGAAUUAGUCAUUUUAUUGAUGUUCGGCUGGAUGCGAUGACAUUGAAUGUUUAUUCUUCCCUGAAAAAAGCGCAAUUUAUUCCGGAAAUUUUUUUACUUUUUUUUUUAAGGCUCGAGUAAAGUAGACGUUGUCUUUUCUAAUUUCAAAUGAAGUAAUUAAGUUGCCCCAUAUUAUAGUUUGUAUGUAUAAUAUGGUUCGGUUGGUAGGAAGUGCCUAAUUACUCACUCUGAGUUUGGUUGAGGACUCGUGUUGCCUGAGGCAUUCCUUCGUAAUCCUGUCAGCGUUCCUGAGCACAUCCUUCACCCUGGCUUCCUGCUGUAGCUGCUGGUCCCGCACCCGACACUGCAUGCGGCGCACUUGCUGUAGCAACGCUCGGUACCUUAUAAAGUAAAUAUAAUAUUCAAAUUGUGUCAUUUUGAAUGUUUUGCUACCCUUGAGUUCCCAAUGUUUUCCCUAAACUUUAUGUUCAUCGAGGUUCAUCACUUAAUUGGCUACUAUCAAUAUGCUCUUAGAGAAAAGAACUUAAACAUGGCCCAAAGUACUUAACUUUGGUCCAAAGUAUUUAACUUGUACAAUAUGUGGCCAAAUGUAUCCUAUAUAUAAAGUUAUUUAUGGUUUCAAAUGUUUUCAACAUUUUUUAUUUAAUUUCUUCACUGUAUAGGUUUGCUUUUAGUUUUGCCGAGCUGAAGAUGCAAAGCAAAGAUACAAUAAUCUCUCCUUUACACCAACAAUCUUUACUUACUCAUUUGCAAAUUUUUCCUGGGCAAGAAGAUGCUCUUGUUCCAGGCGGAGACGCUGCAUGUCCCUGGAAUACAUUCAUUUUGAUUAGCGAAAUCCUUACCAACGUAGCUAGGUUACGGUGAUCUCUCCUGAUGAAGCGUAAUCACUGAAGACUAUUUUAAACUUUUACUAAACAGUUUGCUUGGAUGAGGAUAUGAAAUAAAUUUUUACUAUUGCACUUC